UCAAUUUAAAAAAAGAACAAGACAUCCUGUUUCAACUAACAAAUCCAGAUUCACUUGUGGGUUUUUAAGGUGAAGUGGUAGUGUUAGACUAGGACUUGAUAACUGCGGCUUUGAACAUGAGCACAUCAUCAGUUUCUGUUCAGAAAACAGAGGAAGAAUGGCGGGCAAUUCUGUCGCCAGAGCAGUUUCGGAUUCUGCGCCAGAAAGGAACGGAGAUGAGAGGAACUGGAGAGUAUGACAAAUUUUUUGGUGAAGGUGUUUACAAUUGUGGCGGUUGUGGGACACCACUUUACAAGUCCAAAACCAAAUUUAACUCUGGCUGUGGUUGGCCUGCUUUCCAUGAGGGUUUCCCCGGAGCCAUAAACCGCACUCCUGAUCCUGAUGGGAGAAGAACUGAGAUUACAUGUGCAGCGUGCGGGGGACACUUGGGUCAUGUUUUUAAAGGGGAGGGGUUCUCGGUGCCAACAGAUGAACGUCAUUGUGUCAACAGUGUUUCAAUCAAGUUUGUUGCUGCUAACUCAGCUCCUUCUGUAUGAAAGCGUGAGGAAAAAGCUGUUUCUGCAUAAACAAGCUGAAAUGUACAAUCUCAACAAAUAAAUAAUAUCAGUGAGAAGAAUUACGAGUGUCAGACUGUCGACUGUCGACUGUCAACUACUAAUUGUUAUGGUUUCUUGUUAACGCCUCUUCAACUACAUGAUGGUUUUGGUUAUUGGAGCUCUUGUUUGACAUUAAUGAUUUGUGUUGUUUGUAUCAACUCCCAUGUGAUCUUUUGUGUGCAUUGUCAAGAGAAUAACAGAGCUUGAAGAAUUGUGCUUAUUCAAA